AUGGAGACUCGAACGCAGCAACGUUCCUCAAUAAUAUCCCGUGUUAACUCGUUCGUUGGAAACAGCCGAGUCGGAAAAUAUUUCAAACUCGACAAACGUGGCUCCACUUUCACAACCGAACUCCGUGCCGGAACAGCCACGUUUCUCACCAUGGCUUACAUCCUAGCAGUCAACGCAAGUAUUCUCACUGAUUCCGGCGGAACCUGUACCGUCGCCGACUGUGUCCCUCUCUGUAGCAACCCUUCCAUCUCUAUCUCCAACUGCGCCGCCUCAAACUUCACGGUGGUCCAACCCGGUGUGUCUUGCAAAUUCGACCCCGUCAACCCGGGUUACACAGCUUGCCUCAACGGAGUCCGCCGUGAUCUAAUCGUCGCCACCGUCGCUUCUUCCCUCAUCGGUUGUGUAAUCAUGGGUGGUUUCGCUAACCUUCCCUUAGCUUUAGCUCCUGGUAUGGGCGCAAACGCUUACUUCGCUUACAGCGUUGUUGGCUUCCACGGCUCCGGCAACGUCACUUAUGGAACAGCUUUAGCAGCGGUUUUCAUCGAGGGGCUUAUUUUUCUCUUAAUUUCCGCAAUUGGGUUAAGAACCAAACUCGCUAAACUCGUUCCUAAACCCGUCCGAAUCUCUUCCUCUGCCGGAAUCGGUCUUUUUCUCGCUUUUAUUGGACUUCAAAGCGGUGAAGGACUCGGACUCGUUAGUUUCAGUUCUGCCACACUUGUUACAAUCGGCGCGUGUCCAGCUAACUCACUCGCCUCCGUCGCUCCUGUAAUAACUUAUCCAAACGGCACCGUUGCUCUUAUGCCUGGUGGUACAGUUUCCGGUGGCAUUCUUUGUUUAAAUAACCAGAUGCUUAGUCCGACUUUCUGGUUGGGUGCAGUUGGUUUCGUAAUAAUUGCUUAUUGUCUUGUGAAAAACAUUAAAGGAGCGAUGAUAUACGGUAUAGUAUUUGUAACAGCGAUUUCAUGGUUUCGUAACACUCAGGUUACCGCUUUCCCUAACACUGACGCGGGCAACUCGGCUUAUCAGUAUUUCAAGCAAGUAGUUGACGUUCAUGCCAUCAACAGUACUAAAGGUGCGUUGGAUUUUACGGGUAUAAAUCAAGGGUAUUUUUGGGAAGCUUUGGUAACAUUUUUAUAUGUAGAUAUACUUGAUACUACCGGAACGUUAUAUUCCAUGGCUCGGUUCGCCGGGUUUGUUGACUCAAACGGCGAUUUCGAAGGUCAAUAUUUCGCUUUCAUGUCUGAUGCGACAUCGAUUGUGAUUGGUUCGUUGUUGGGAACUUCACCGGUGACGGUUUUUAUAGAAUCGUCGACGGGGAUAAGGGAAGGUGGGAGGACUGGAUUAACGGCGUUAACGGUCGCUGGAUUUUUCUUUUUGUCAUUCUUUUUUACGCCGUUAUUGGCUUCGAUACCUGUUUGGGCAGUUGGAUCACCGUUGAUUUUGGUUGGGGUUUUGAUGAUGAGAUCAGUGGUGGAGAUUGAAUGGAAUGAUAUGAAACAGGCUAUACCAGCGUUUGUCACUUUGAUAUUGAUGCCAAUGAGUUAUUCGAUUGCUUAUGGAUUGAUUGGAGGGAUUGGUACUUAUAUUGUUUUGCAUUUAUGGGAUUGGGGAGAGUUGGUGUUGGGGAAAUUUGGGAUUAUAAAAAUCAAAAAGGAGGAAAAACAUGAUUUGGUAGGGGUAAAUGAGUCAAAUGAAGAACUUGGUCUUGAAGAUGGGGACAAGAAGGGAUCCGAGAUUCAAUUAGCAGUUUAAUUUUUUUUUCUU